AUUCAUUAGAAAAAAAUAUUAUUCAUAUAGGUUAAUUCUCAUUCUCAUUCUCAUCAUUGCAUCAUGCUCCAUUGUGAGUGAGAGAGAGAGAGAGAGAGAGAGAGAGAAAGAAAGGGUCUUCUUAUCUCAAUCUCAAUGUAAUUCAGUUCUGAAGAGUGAAAAGCAUAGCUCCUACCAUAGGAAUACUUGACUUAAGAUGCCAGGAAAACCCGAAUCAGACGAAUGGCGGGCGAAGCGAAGCCAGCAGAUUCAGUUUCAAGCUUCCAUUUAUGCUCAGCCCUGGUGGCGCGGCGGAGCCGGUGAGAAUGCUCCAAAAUCAUCAUCAGUAGAUCAGCAGUUGAAUGGUUCAUCAGCCAUGAAUGGUGGCACAGUCACAACACAAUCAGAGACUAAUGAAGUUGUUGGUUUCAAUAAACAGAUGCAGUCUUUGAUUUCUCAAUCACUACCUGGAAUUGAUAACUCAGGUGGAGAUGUUACCAAAGAGCACCAGAACAUCAAACAUGCUUUUUCCUCAACCCCAUUUACCAUGGGAAAACACCUUGGUCCGAAUUCCGAGACUGAAAGCAUUGGUCAUUCAAUUGUUUUAACUUCACAAGCUUAUUUUGAUGCACAUUAUGGUGGAGGCUUGACACCCUAUGGGCAACAAACUAUGAUAAACCCUCAGCUGUAUGGGAUGAACCAUGCUAGAAUGCUUUUGCCACUUGAAAUGGAAGAGGAGCCGGUUUAUGUCAAUGCAAAGCAGUAUCAUGGUAUUCUGAGAAGAAGACAGUCACGUGCUAAGGCCGAGCUCGAAAAGAAAGUGAUUAAAGUUAGAAAGCCAUAUCUUCAUGAGUCGCGUCACCUUCAUGCUAUGAGAAGGGCAAGGGGUAAUGGUGGUCGCUUUCUUAAUACAAAGAAGCUUGAAGGCAACAACAACAGUGUAAACCCCUCAAUGGAAUCCGGAAGCUCGCUUUCCGCGGCUCCUUUACAUUCCAACAAUGAUCACUAUGUUGUGUCGCAGUCCAUGGUUCACGACAUGGAGAAAAUGCAGAAUUUCACCAUUGGUUUCCAUGGUAGCAAUGGUCUGUCCUCAAUGUACCAUUCACAGUUUAAUGGAAGAAAUGAGGGACAUUGCUUUGGUGGAGAAAGGCAAGGCAUGCUUAUGCAUGGAGCCCCAAAUGGGGCUAUUGAAUGACACCUCCCCCCAAGUUGGUGGUUCCCUCUGGCACAUGAUGACUCUAAAGAUGAAGUUGGUGAGCUUUGUCUCAUCCAACUUUGGAGGAGACCACCGUUACAAUAGAGAGUUUCAUCUCAGGCAACUCAUUCUUGGCUCAGUUAAAUGGUGAGAUCAAUAAGGAAGGUUCAUGGUUCAAUCCAUGCCUUCUUUGGUCUCCCUUUAUCUCAAUUUCCCUUCACUAAAUCCAUUUGUAAAAUGGAUGAAGGAAAGAAGAAAAAUAACUUUGAUUUCUGAACUGUUUGUGACUUGGAUGUGGACAUAUAAUAUUUAAAUAUGGGAGAUAUUAGAAACUUGAUUUGAAUGUUCAUAGAACCGUACAUUGACAUCAUUUGCGUGAAAAUUUCAUAAUAUUGUGUUUCUUGACAUGCAUCUCCCUUAAUUGGUGAGUAUUUAGUGGGCUAUACUUGCAUAUUUA